UUCCUGUGACGGAAAGCAGGGACGAGACAGCAGGUGGUCAUGUCAGCCCUGGAGGGCCAACAAUGGUAUAUCGAGGAAAUACCCCCCGUAGAAGACAACGACGAGCUGGGCGAUGUGGUGUGCGAACCUUCUGUGACUGUCGAAAGCGAACCUGCCGUGAUCGCUCUUGAUAUCCGUUCAGCUGCUACGUUGGAUACACAACAACAAUCGAAGGUAGGGAAGCCAGCGAGUGUUACCAGCACCGGCGCGGUGGCGCAUCCACCUGUAGGCGGCAUCGGAGACCGGUCAUCACGUGGUGAAACUUGGGUUUGCAAAACGAUAGCGGCAAGCUCUUCGACGCAGCAGCCAUCUCCCAGAGGGGGGUGCUCGUGGACGAAGGUUGGGUCAAAGUUCGUCCUGUUUGGAGGGGCGGACGAACGUCAGCAGCAUUUUUCCGACAUCCACUGCUUUGACGCGGCAAUAGGGAAAUGGGAGAAGACCCCUGUCAGUGGUGCGCCACCUUCCCCGCGGAAUGGUCAUUCGGCGGUCGCACUGGGAGAGUCUUUGGUGGUCUACGGCGGUAUGAAUGGACAGGAUGGUGUGACUUUCAACGACCUGUUUGAGCUCCGACCCGGAUCUACGGAGGGCAUGGAGUGGGUGCCCCUUCCCUGCGUGGACAUCCCUCCUCGCAAUGCGCACACUGCAGUACUCGAUGGGGAAACCAUGAUAGUCAUCGCAGGGGCUUCCCCGGAGGGACAAACAGACGACGUUUUCACCAUCGACUUGUCCAAUCGUGCAAACUUGGCCUGUCGGAGAGUGUUCUGCCAGCCGUUCGAAUCAGGGACUGGUGAAAGACGUUGUUCGGAAGGCGUUGGAGGAGUACCAGCCGCACGCGAGAUGCACUCGACCUGUGCUUAUAACUCCGAGGGGACGACGGGUGAACGGGCGACUACAAUAUUGCUCAUGGGCGGACGUUCAGCUGGGGGUGUGCUUCGUGACCUGUUUGCGCUCAGAACAGAUACCUGGACAUGGAAGCGAUUAAAAGAUGCUCCUGUUGCCCGGUGCGCCCAUUCAGCUUGUUUCGUACAAGCCGCAGGGAUCAUGGCCAUCUACGGGGGAUGGGAUGGGGGCACAACCGUGGCCGACGAUCUUCAUCUUUACGAUGUGGGAUGUGGAGAGUGGACGAAACCAAGAAUUUCUCCAACAACAGCCGGUCGUUUCGCUCACGCGGCGUGCGCUGUUGGUUUGGAGGGAGAGAUGAUUGUGUUCGGAGGGGUACACCCUGGACAGGAUCUGGACGAUGUUUUGUUGCUGUCUGCCGCUUAACCUACAUGCUGCGUGUCAUUGGUUCGAAAAGAGAGGCGGCAAAGCUCAGCCUUUUCCAGCAAGCGUCCUGUCCGGAGAACGAAAUCCCGGAGCGCUGCUGCCCCAAUCCGUACGUACCCAAGCACGCCAUCGCGAGUGUAUCAUAUCAGAUAUGCGAUCGAAGUUUUGAGUAAACAAGCGACUCUCGGAUUGUGAAAAUGAGUGAAACUAUAGCAUAGCAUGGUGGAAGGAAAUGACACGUGUUGCUAGGAUCGAACCGAAGGUAUGCAUGUAUGACACAAUCAAGGGAGCAAGCAGCAGCUG